AUGGAGACCCCGAUUUACGUGAACGGUACAAGCUCUUUUAGCGGGAAGAGUGUCUCGCUUAAGCGAGUUCUUAAUCAUAAGCAGGAACUACAAAAGGAGAUCUCUGACCUAGAAAAGCUUCAGAAAACGUUACUUCAACAACGUCAAGACCUCGAGUUCCUCAAUGAAAGUAUAAAGAAAUGGGCGCAUGAUUUUGACAAGAUUGAGCGUAACAGCCAAGGUGUACCUUUCGUUAGGAAUGUCAAAGAAAUUUGUUUUCAGAUAGAAACUCAUCUAAACGACAUUCAUGGGGAUUUCUAUUUCAGAAUGCAAAAUCUGGUCACUGCUGAUGUUCCCUGCUUUCAACAAGUUUAUGAAGCUCUCGAAUUGUUGAAAAAACAAGUGUCAAAAAUUUUGAACGAUGACGCCGCUUACAAAGCCUCUUUUAUCGAAGAAAUUCGACAGCUUCUUGGUCGACUAACAGGAAUCACUGAUACUAUGAUGGAUAUUUAUUUUGAGCAAUAAAUCCCCACAAAGGAAAAAGAUAUCAACCGAUGCAAACUGUGAAGUCGAAUUGAAAAUUUUCUUAACUGAAAAAAAGACAUUUUCAUAUUGUAAGCUUAUAUGUUUCUAAGCCUUUGUUGUGUUCCGUUGACUGUAUUUUAUGUAAUCAAUUUUCCUGUAAUUCCAAUGGAAAUGACAAACAUUUAUUUAUAUUUAGUUCAGGAGUCCAUCCUGUUUAGUUCAUUUUUUCAUUCAGAUAGAAAUAAGUUGAGAACCGAACUCUAGAAGUCUGAACUUUAAUGUACAGGCAGAAAGAAAAUCUUGACCUCCUUUGCUCGGCUUGUUUGAAAACUAAUUAAAAUCACCAUACUUGGCGUUUCACCUCAAAAACUUAGAUUGGUAAGAUGCUCUACUUUUUAGUUAUUAUAUAGAAAAAUAUUCACACUGAAAACAUGUAAUUUCUUGCAGUUCUAGGUUGUUGAUAAUUGUAGAAAUGAUGUUUUAGAAAGAACUCUUUGUGUUGUAAAUUAAUGACUGCUUAUUGUAUUUGGGCGAAAUAAACUCCCAAAAAUAAUAAAGGUAUAGUUAAACGUAGAUAAAAUAACUCUUUAAGUUGUGUAAACUCGAUAGUGAGAUGAACACAAAACUUCACUGAUGACAAUGACAAUAAAAGUUUGUUAAAAGUGAUAUAUGAGAGUAUGACGGGUGACUCAGAUCGACAAUGUUCGUGCACUACUUGAAUCUCCGUUUCCUGCAGACAUUAAAAUAUUGUCCUUAUUGAAAUAACUCGCAAAUUAACACUACCUUCACAAACAAAAAAACAAAUAAAUCAUUAAUUUUUGUUUAUUUUCGUUUGUUCAAUAUUUUUAAACUUACAAUUUACAGAAUUUGUUUUACUUUGCAGUUAAAGUGACAUAUUUUGUUUGCAUUCAAUUCUGUACUUGAAUUUAUACAAUUCGAUUUCUUUCGAAAUCACAAUGCGCUCAUGUGUAAAAUGACAAACAAAAAAUAAAUAAUGAAUGCAGAUACUGAGCGAAGAGAUCACAGACGUUCAUCGAACUCUUAGUUCAAUUAAAAGAAAUUUCCUGAUGACUAUAUAUGGCAAGCUUUACCAUGGUCAUAUUGUACAACAAAUAAUAGAAUAUUGUCUGUGAAAUUUGAAAUCAAACCAAUACUUCGGCGAACAAAUUCAAAUACGUUUAAGUCAGAUUCUCGUGCACCUGCUCGGAUGCCUAAUCCAAUCAUCUUACGGAUUUGGAAAUUCUGACCCAAUCAGAUUUCAGCCGCCGAUUUGUCAUAUUUUGCAUGAAAUUUGGGUGGGUCGUCAGCGAAGCUUUUUGGUCUGAAAAAAUAUUCUACUUGUAUAGUGUUUCCGAAAUCUCAUGCCGGUGAAAUAAACUAACUUGUUUGUGAAAAUCCCAACGAUACCAGGAGCUUUUGGUCUCGACUGUUAAGGUAAGCAUUUUAAACCGACGCAUACUGUAUAUCCUUGUUAAUAUUACUGUAACGCUGGUUUGUAUGUAACCAAUUUCAUAGCUCUCUUCCUUAGCAUCAUGUAUGAUAUUAAACUUUGAAAUAAAUGAAAAACCGAAAAUUAAAACUUCUGCUAUCCUCCUCAUUCGCGGUAUUGAUCAUGACUACAAACAUAAAUAGCAACCAAAAAAAAGCGACAUUUUACACAUUUUUAAAUUUAAGUUUGUUUUAUUUUCGCUUUAGUUUAUGCGUGCAAAGAUCGCAAAUCUUUUGCUAGAUAUGCUAAUUAAAAUCAGCUGUUCUCGAAACCCUCAAAGAGCAUGCCCGAAACAUUAAUCUUACCCAUGCCACAAUGCACUUUCAAUAUUCUCGACCCCAGUCAACGCUUCCGACUCCCUGAGUAAUGGGCAUUAGAGAAGAGCCCUGGGGUAGAGAAUGCAGUUUCAAUCUCCGUGUCCAGGGGCUGCGAUCCGUUUGGUCAGCACCAGGGUUUUGAAAGCUCUGAGGACGACAUCGAUCUAGUUUUGUCAGUUUGCUCAUGUUUUACUAAUGUAUUUAUUCUCACCUUGUUUGGGAAUGGCUGGAAGAACUCAAGGAAAAUUUUGGCUAUAAACUUUGGCAUAAAAUGCGCUUUCCUUCGACUUUAAUUUGCAAACGUUGAAUACGGUUUAGUUUUUAAUACAAUCGUGGGAAAUGCUCGGACCGGACAGUCACUCUCUCUGCUUAACCUUUCUAAAUUUUGAGUUGUUUUUAAACUCUCAAAGGUUCUUGUAUCGGCCACCUAAGCCGCGAGUACUGAUGGCUUUGUCUUUUUUAUAGGAAUGUCGAAAGAAGGGAUAAACGAGAAUAAAGAACUUACGACCCGCAUCGAGAAGUUGUCGAUAACUUCAAUCAACAAAAACACCAAGCUGUUCAAGUCACAAAUAAGAGAACUGGAAAAGCAAUAUGAUACAAUGCAGCAACAACUAGAGGACCUGCAUUUUAUUCUGGAUGUUGUCUUGAAAUGGGACGAGGACUUCAAAAAAGUGGUGCGAUUCAGCCAGGGCGUGCCUCAUACGAGGAACACAAAGGAAAUAUGUGCCAAUAUCAAAACAGCCAUGAUACCAAGCAGCGAGUUUGACCGAACCGUUCAGAUUUUGGUCAAGGAAGGGGUACCUUGCUUCAAGCGAGCCACUUCGCUCUUGGAAAAGCUAAAGUCGCGCCUCGACGAGAGAUCGCCAAAUGCGAAGUUCUCCGAGGAGAUUCGCCAACUUCUCGGGGAAUUGAUUGGAACUUUGAGCACGAUUAUGAACUUCUUUUAUGAUCAAGAAUCUUAG